GCGUGAGAAGUUCAACGGGAACGGUUGUGUUUUGCGCGCGCUCUGUACGCGGAGACACGUGUGUGGCGUUGUAUGUUUCAUGUGCUUGUGUGCUGUGGUGGUGCGUAGGAUGCAGUUAUUAUCGUUAUAAUAAUAAUGUGAGGAAGUGUGUGCCGAUAGAAGUGUGUAAUAAAAUCAGUUGAUAUUAUUGUGUGCGCACUCACAUGUGCACAUUAAAAUUCGCAUUGUUAUCGAUUCUCGUCUGCGCGUCUUUGAAGUUGGCAAAUAAGAAGUGUGACGAGAAACGCGUCACUGCUUUUUGGGAUCGCCAAUGAGUCAUUUCCUUUGUAGUGAAUUGAAUUAAAUCGACAAAAACUAAAAUUGGGCCGUCAAAGUGAGCUGAGUAAUGAUCAACAAAGGCAAAAACAAACAUCGAAGUAGCUGCCUGGAGAAGGACUAGUCGACUUCGAAGUCCCCGACCAGCGGGAAUCCACCGAUUGACGCUUCAAGAAGCAAAUUAAAGUCCGCGCGUCCAAAGUGCCGGGGCCGAGUUGGUAUCUUCAUGAUAUGCCAAAGUGAUGUCACUCUUGUCCGAAACGCUCAACGACGACAACGACUACGACUGCCAGGUUGGGCCAGCAGCAGCAACAGUCCAUCACGAGCAGGCAGGUCGAGCGGAGACAGCAGCAGCAGCAACAGCUGAAAAGUGUGAUAUGACGUGAUUCGUGACAAACAAUCAAGAGGGAGAGAAAACGAAAUUCUGCGGAAAAGUGAUGUGAUUGUCUCGAAGUUGGGUGAUUUUUGCCAGAGUAACCUCCAACGAAGAUCUGCAGUGCUAUGAGCAGCUGUUGGAAGUUCAAAAGUUCGCGAAAUUGAGUGAAAGUUUGAAAAGAGAAAUAAAUAAGUUGAAUUGUUAAACGAAGAAAGGAAACGUCAGUGCGUUAAAAGUCACAAUCUUAUAAAGGAAAAGGCGAAAGCAUCCGCAAAUUGUCCGUGUCCAGUCCUUGAAAAGUGUUAAUCAGUGAAUCGUCCUAAAGAGUGUUGUUCAGAAAGAUGUAAAACCGUGUUUUGUGUCAAGCUUGAGUUGUUCAUACCGAGAGCCGUAUACAUCAUCGCGCCAGCUAAUUGGUUCGACAAAUAGUGGAAGCUGAUCUUUGCUGUUGAGGUGGAGGUGGAGUAGAAUAUCAGCAUCCAUUAGCGUGUGAACGGAUAUAGCCGAAGCCGUCAGAAAAAAGCCGGUAAUCGGCACAAAUUGUGAAGAAACCGUUAAACACCCAGAAUGACCGUCACCUACACUGCCGAAGUAGCGACCUGUCGAGGGUUCGGCUGCUUCCUGAAGCUGCUGCUUAGAUGGCGCGGCAGUAUUUACAAGCUCGUGUGGCUAGAUCUCAGCUGUUUCCUACUGCUCUAUUAUAUGCUGAAUAUUACGUACCGCUUAGUAUUAAACGAGGGUCAGAAAAAAAUCUUCGAGGACAUUGUCCGCUACUGUGCCACCUACAGCAACCUCAUUCCACUUUCCUUCGUGCUGGGUUUCUACGUCACGAUCGUGAUGACCCGGUGGUGGAAUCAAUAUACCAGCAUCCCGUGGCCGGACCCGAUCGCCGUAUUCGUCAGUGCCAACAUUCACGGUCAGGACGAACGAGGUCGCGUGAUGCGGCGGACGAUCAUGCGGUACGUGUGCCUGUGCCUGACGAUGGUCCUCACGAACAUUUCGCCGCGCGUGAAGAAGCGAUUUCCCACGAUCGACCAUCUGGUGGAGGCGGGUCUGCUCAACGAGAACGAGCACAAGAUCAUGCAAGAUCUGAACGAGAAGUUCCCGCGCCACUCGAAGCACUGGCUGCCGAUCGUGUGGGCGGCCAGCAUUGUGACCCGGGCACGGAAGGAGGGCCGAUGCCGGGACGAUUUCGCCGUGAAGACGAUCAUCGACGAGCUGAACAAGUUUCGGGGUCAGUGCGGGUUGCUGAUUUCGUACGACACGAUCAGCGUGCCGCUGGUUUACACCCAGGUGGUGACGCUGGCCGUGUAUUCGUUCUUCCUGACGUCGGUCAUGGGCCAGCAGUGGAUCGAGACGAAGGACGUGGGCCAUGGGGUGGUGGUGAAGAUUGACCAGUACUUCCCGAUCUUUACGACGCUGCAGUUCUUCUUCUACAUGGGAUGGUUGAAGGUGGCCGAGUCGUUGAUCAAUCCGUUCGGGGAGGAUGACGAUGACUUUGAGGUGAACUGGAUGGUGGACCGGAACAUCCAGGUGGCGUACCUGAUCGUGGACGAAAUGCACCACGAGCAUCCGACGCUGGUCAAGGAUCAGUACUGGGACGAUGUGCUGCCGAUCGAGCUGCCCCACACGGUCGCUUCGGCCGAGUACAAAGAGGAGGAACCGCAGCCUUCGACGGCCAACAUCGAGGUGUCGCGGAAGGGCGCCGAAGUGAUCCCGGUGAUACCGUCCUCCGUGCGGGUAGACGAAAUGGUCGGUAAAAGAGGUCAAAACUAUGACUAUGCGGCAUAUCCUUCUGCUGAACAGCAGGGUAUGCUCGACGACGAGGGCGACGACAAUGCCAGCGGGAUCCACUUUUCGGCGUACGACAACAAGCCCUUCAACCGGGGCGGCCCCUCGUCGGCGAGCCUGGCCAGCGUGGCGCAGCAGAUAACCCGGGUCAACACGGUGGCGUCGGCGUUGAAGCGAUUCUUCAGCAAAGACGAAAGCGGAAGUGUGGGCAGUCGGCCGACGAGUGCCACGCCGGAAGCGCAGGCGGGUCCGUUCCGGUUCCCGGGCUCGGCCAGUUCGUCCAACCUGACGGGGCGAUUACCGGACCGGGCGCAGGGCAGCAUCCGCAUCACGGACCAGGUAAUCGAGGAGGUGGACGAACAGCAGAUGACCAUCACGUCGAUGCAUGGCAAAAACGUGGACCCGCGUCCAACGGCGGCCAGUCUGUGGGACCACGGUCCACCGAAGGCCAGCGCGCCGGUGGAUGUGCCCCAGCCGGCGUACAAGCGAACGCAAUCGGCGGUGGCCCACGGCGGCCAGUUUGAACAUUCGGGACUGUACCCUCCGGGCGGAGUGGACUCUCUGUUGAGCGCAUCUGCGCCGACGGCGGGUGGCCAGUUUGAGCGUGACUUUGUCCCGCUGGACACUUCCCGGGAAGACGCCAACUUUAUGACCAGCAAAGACUCGCAGAAAAGCGUCGGCGCCGAAGACGCGGACGGUCCGGACGGCGACAUGAGCGAAGCGGACGACUUUGAGAAGCUGCGGGCGGCCCGCGAAAAGGAACGUGCCGAGCGGCAAAAGUUCAAGCUGGCGCGCUCCGUCAGCGGACUCGGCCCCGUCGAUCCGGACCUGCUGACGGAGAAGCUCACCAAAACGGCCGAUGGUCAACAGCACGAGCAGGGCAGCCAAACGGCGGGCCCGUCCGGUGCGGAUACCCCGGACAACCGAAGACAUUCCGGAGCACCUGGGCAGGCGGACACGACCUUAUGAUUCUACGUGUCCGACGAGGCCGACAACAUUGUGGUCAACGUCCGCGACGGAAGCUAGUAGUGACGGGAGGCGACGUUUGUGAACCUUUCCGUUCCCGGAUGGCACUGGCACUGAGCGGAGUGGAUGAGUUGUGAUCAUGGUUGUUUUUGUUCGUUUUUAAAUCCUCAUUGACGAGAACGAGAGAGAAAGUAUUCUUUUUUUUAGUUGUAAGACAAUCGUUACGAAGGCGCACACGUGUUUGCUCUAUUAAAAACAUCAGUAUUUGACGAUAUUUAAAAAUUAUUACGUUUUUCGUUUUUUCAUUGUACCCAAAAUUAUUAGGUUUCGCAAGUUUUGCAAAUCAACUCUCAAUCAGCACACCAGCAUUUGGAAAAUGAGCGAUUCUCUGAAAUAUGGCUAAGCGGUUAA